CUAUGAUUCUAUGAUCAUUUCUCCUAAUGCGUAUGUAUAAAUACUAGUUAAUGCAACUGGUUCUAAUUUGCGAAAAAAAAUAUUUGAGGUUUAUUCAUUAAACAGUGAGUUGGUGUUUGACAACGUGGAUAUUGUUUUGUUUUUAGUAAAAUCAGCUGAAUUGGAAAACAAUCCUAAAUUAGCUCAGAAAGAUAUUUUUUUUUAAUCAAAUGAUCUAGUCUGGCCUAUAUUUUGUGAAGCUUCAACUCAUUGUUUAGUGAAUGAACCUUACAGCUGCUGUUUUCUAAUACUUUAUAUGAGGGCUAGCUAAAGGUAGAUCCCCAGAUGUUGCAGAACUCCAUUUACCAUGAUGCUCUGUCAUUCUUUAGAAUGUUGCCCAGCCACACUAUUUGGCACAUGUGGCACUGAACUGCAGCUCCAGAUGUUGCUGAACAAUAAUGGUCAUGUUUCUCUGAAAUACAUGUGUUUUCUGAGCAUUAUGGGAGUUGCAGUCCAAAACAUUUGGGGGUUUGACACAGCUAAUUUAACAUUUUUUCAAAACUAAUUUUUUAACUAUCUAUUUACUGAAUUCUGGUUUUCUGGUUUAGCUCAACAUUUUAAUGUGAGAAAUUUGAAUGCAUAAUCAUGGUUCGAUUCAUAGAUAUGAAAUUUAACUUAAAACAUUUAAAAUUAUUCUUGUUCAGUCAUUGAACAGGAUUUCUGAAAAAUGUGGAGAAACCAAUAGAAUUGUUAAAUGUUAGUGAUUUGUAUAGUUCGGGUUGUGGUUUUAAAAUGUUCAGUUAUCUAGUGUAUUUAAAUCAGUUCCUGGUUUAGUGAAUAAAUCCAAUUGUUUCUAAACAAUGCAAGGGUUUGUUCCUGGCAAACUGGAUAUAGAGAGAUAGAGUGGGGGAUUAGUGUAAGAUUAACCUGGACAAACAGAAACCCUGGACUUCUAUUAACAAAAGUUAAAACAGAGUCAGUUACUCAGAAUGUCACUUUAAGGACGGGGGUCUGAGAAUAAGGUAUGUAAGCCAUUCCAUUUCCACUGUAUUUUAAAUUGUAUAUCUAUAUAUACACAUAUAUUUGUGGUAACUGUGUGAAAAGUGAGAAUUAAUAGUGAAAUUGUGAGACAGAGAGUGUUAGUGAAAUACAGAAAAAGAGAAAAUGUAGUAUUUAUGAAUAUGUGUAUGUGAUAAUCCCUAACGAUCAAGCAUUUGGGGUCUAAAUAAAUGUAAAAUUACAUUUAAUUCUGCAUGUACUACGAGUAGAUUUACGCUCUGCUAAGCUUGUUGUUAACAAGUACUGUGUGUAAAGAAAAAUGCACUGUAUAGCGAGUUAUUAAACAAGUUAACUUUCUAAAAUCUUACUUGUCUUUCAAUGUGAGCUGGGGCUAAAAUAGAAGAUAUAAAGGUGAGGACUCACAAUUUGUAUAAACCCAUUCAGGGCCAGUGCAAGGAUUUAUGGCUACCCAGGAUAAGACACAUCUUCCUGUUCCCUACAUUUAGACUGAGGUGCCACAAACAAAAUGAUAAUUUAUUUUCGAGCUUUGUGAUACUUCUCAAUGAAACAUGAUACUAUGAUUUGGAGUGUUUUGAAGCUCCAGGGUUUCCCUAUUUACCUUUUACUCAUGGCAUUAAAACUCACAGUAAUGUACUGUCUGUAUGAGUGUAUACACUUUAAUAGUUUUCACAAUAAUGGGAUAUGAUGUAAUGUGUGUUGGCUAUGUGUGAUGUUUGUGUGUGAUAGGUGUGAUAGCUACAUAUAAUACGUGUGUUGUGUAACCUCCUGCUUACUUCUGCACCCAAAAGGUAAGAAAAAGGAGGGUGGCUAAAAAAUUACUAACAUGUGCGUGUCUGUUUGUAUCUUUGUUUCAAUGUGUACAUAAGUGUCUGUGUCUGUAUUUAUUUGUGUGGGCAUCUGUGUAUAUAAGUGUGUUGGUGUGUGUAUCUGUGUAUGUAUUUGCAUGUAUGUCAGUGUUCAUGUCCUUGUAUCUGUAUGUGCAUGUGUAUCAGUGUGUGUGUCAGUGUAUACACUACACACAAAUACACACCAGCAUUUAAACACCAACAUUCACACACACAUACUCCAUACAAAAACCUGCUUAUACUCAAACACACAUACACUGCUAAGUGCUAAACACAACCCUGCAAGGAUGGGCAAAUUGUAGAUUCCCAUCUGACUUGUACAAAAGAUGAAGAUCUACAUUUUGGCCACCCUUGUGCUAGAAAGGCCCCCCAAAGAAGUAUUGUAGCCUUGCAUCAGGGUCAUCUCUACUUUAGUUUUACCACUGCCCUUGCAGGACCUUGGCAGCCUGUAUAGCAUUGCACAUGCAAUCUUCAGCUUCCAGAAGCUCUCUCCAACUCUCGUGAGCCUUGGCCACUACACACAUCAUCCACUAUACACACACUGCAUCUACUAUACAUGCUGCAUUCACUAAGAACACCCUGCAUCCUUGUGGGUGAUCUGGGUGUGGGCACUGUGGGUGGAUUCAGGGGCAGGCCCUAUGGAUGAACUCAGGAGUGGGCCCAGGGGGCCUGUGCUUGAGCUGUGUAAGGGACCCCAAAAUUUCUGAUGACAGCUCUGGCUAUAUUCCCUGGUGAUUGAGGAUGAGGAGCUUAAUGGUCUGUGAUCAAGUUUGCUGAGAUAAGUAAUUAUAGUAUAAAUGAUGAUGCAUACAAAUGUUGCUUUGCAGACAAAUCAUAUAAAUUUGCACAAUCUUUAUUUUUCACUUAUUCAUUCAGUCUUUAGAAAACAAUAUUUGGGAAAUUAAAAUCUUUAGACUGUAUACAGAUUCCUCUGUCAAUAUUUCACACAGGGUCUGAGAUGUAAGUAUAAAAGCAAAAAAGCUAUAUUCCUCACAUACAGUUGGUGUGACAAAAUUAGAUAAAAAUGUUCAAGUAACUAGCAUUACUAGCAGUGCAGUAUACUCAAAAUGGUAACAGAAUGUAAAAAUAAUGUCAACAUUUGAGCAUAAUGCCCACAUACAGUAGACUUGUCCUUGGAGGAAGAAUUCAAUUCAACCAUACCAAUUCAAAAGAAAUUGUUCAGGAAGUCUGAGAUAUAUCUGUACGGCUAUUCGGCUCAAAUAUUUUUUGACCUUGCAAAUUGUAACGGAUCCCCUAUACUCAGACUGAGUACAUCCAUUGUAAGUCUCCCAAAUCCCAAGUGAAACAGUGAUCAGAGCCCUUGGUUACCCAAAUAUCAGCCAAGACUUGAUGAAGGGUACAACAGGAAUAUCUUUAUUCGAGGCCACACAGCCUUCUUAUGGAAAGGUCCCAUACGGGGUCUUUUCUUCCAAGACCGUCAGUGCCUGAGGGCUAAUUGCCACAUUAAUUUAAUUAUCCAUCAGGUACAGAAAAAUCUACAAUAGUUCCCAACACCCCACAAACACAUUUCAAUAUUUCAAAAGGGGUUAAUUGAUUACAUGAAAGGUCAGAGCUUACAACCCAGUUCCCCUUUGAAGCUGGAACCCCAACAGAGCCACUCAGCCAGGUGUGAGAAGUCACACACAAGUCUCCUGGAAGUCUGGCUGCAGCCAUGGGCGUAGGAACCGGGGAGGACGCAUCCCCCCCAGCAAAUCAUGCGGGGGGACAGGUUAUGGGGAAAUCCCCCCCAGCUCCGCCGCCCCCCCAUGCUGCAGCCGCCCGAGCUCUCUGCAGAGAGCCUCAGGCAACUGUAGCUUUGCCCGGGCGGUGCAUCCAUGAGGGCGAACCGCACCGCCCGGGCGCAGCAUGAGGAGAGGGGCUGACAGGAGGGUAGCGCUCAGCGCUCCCUCCUGUCACUCCCUCACUGUAGCGUGGCCGAGCCCUGUAUCAUGGUCUGCGGGUACAGGGAGCAUCUGUCUCCUGAACCUGGCCGGACUAAAAGGAAGUGCACACAGGGGGAGAAAGAGAGUGACAAAGGAGGGAGGGAGGGGGGAAAAGAGAGUGACAAGGGAGGGAGGUAGGGGGGAAAAGAGAGUGACGCUACAACUGAGGACACACAGUUACAAACAGCCUCCAGAGAGCCUGUUCUACACCAGACCAGUGGAGCCAGACUGCAGCUAGAGCCCAUCAUCUGGUUGUAAGUAGUCAAUCUAGCAUAUUAUUCGUGGCACUAAUCUCUAAUUUACCUCACAUUAAAGAAACACUAUAGUCCCCAGAACCACUGCAGGUUAAUGUAGUGGUUCUGGUGUCUAUAGCCUGUCCCUGCAGGCCUUUUAAUAUAAACACGGCGGCACUCCAGCACUGGCGUUAGUUAACAUGGCAGAUCAUAUGGGUGGGACAUUGUGAUGUCACAAGGGGGGGGCAGCAAACUUUACUUUUGCCUAGGUCGGCAAAAAUCCUUGCACCGGCCCUGGCCGAGUGUCACGUGACUACCCGGCGCUCAGUCUGACACUGCGCCUGCCAGACGUCCAGAGGUCCCCCUGCUAUGUCAGGUAAAAGGGGGGGCAAAGGUAGAAAAAUAAUUGGAAGGGUUUAGGGGGGCUACUAAUAUGGAUGGGGGGAGGGGUAGGUGAAAAAAUAAUUGGAAAGAGUUAGGGGAGUACUAAUAUGAAUGGAAGGGGUAGGGUGGGUUCUAAUAUGCAUGGAAGGGUUUAGGGGGUACUAAUAUGCAUGGAAGGGGUUUGGGGGGUGCUAAUAUGCAUGGAAGGGGUAGGGGGGUUAAUAUGCGUGGAAGUGUAGGUGGGGUUCUUUUGUGCAUGGAAGGGGUAGGUGUGGUUCUAAUAUUCAUGGGAGGGGUAGGGGUGGUUCUAAUAUUCAUGGAAGGGGUAGAUGGGGUUCUAAUAUAAAUGGAAGGGGUAGAGACGGGUAGUAACAUGUAUGGAAUGCAUUUCUGACAGUGUCACUGAAUGGCAGUUAGGAAAUGUGGUCACCCUAAGUCAGGGGCAGUAUUACACAAUCUGUAUAUGUAUAAAAAAAAUAUAAAAAGUAAUCUGCAAAGUACAAAAUGUUUGUGUCAUAUGUCGUGCAAAAAAUUAAGCUAGGAAUGUGCAUUUUUUUUUUUUUUUAAUAAUUUUUAGAAUAAUGAUAUAGACAUUUUAUUUCUUACAUUUGUGAUGAUUCUUUUUUCCUCUCUAUAUUCAAGGGACACUAUAGUCACCAGAACCACAACAGCUAAACGUAGUAGUUCUGGUGUCUAUAGCAUGCAGGCUUUUUAAUGUAAGCACUGCCAUUUCGUAAAAAGGCAGUAUUUAGAUUACUGAUGAGGAAUACCUCUAGUGGACACUCAGAUGGCCAAUAGAGGUGCUUCCUAGUCGAGACAUGAAUGGCGCCCUAUGAAGUAUCUGCGCAUGUGAGGCAAAGCUGCGCAUGCGCGCCAGAGAGCAAUGACGCUUCUGAAUAGAAGCGUUUUAUUGCUCCCUGCUCGCACCUUCCUAUUUCGUCAUUUUGACGAAAUACAGGACGCGGCAUCAGGAGGAUCCCGGCGCUGUAUCCAGGUAAGUAAAACCCUUUCCCUGUAGUGACCCUUUAAUGUUAUUAUUUAAUCAUUUAUAUAGCGACUGCAAAUUCCGUAGCGCUGUACAAUGGGAUAAACAACUCCUAGUUUACGUAAUAUGAAUAUAUCCGGCGAGUAAAAAUGCUAUCCCCCCCCCCAAGAUUUUUUUGGGUUCCUACGCCCUUGGCUGCAGCACAAAUCAACUCUCUUAUUUGUCACAUGUCCUAAUUGCCUCCUAGAUAGGAAGUCAUUUGACAUGUUAAUGAUCACUAGCCUUCCAGAAUUACAUUGUAUGAUGGCAUUCCAUAUCACAGUAUGCUCUGCAUUAUAUAGUAUCACACUGUACUAUAUUAUAGCAUUCACUAUCACUCUAUAUCACACUGUAUGAUAUUAUUCUGUAUUACUCUAUAUCACACUGUAUGAUAUUAUUCUGUAUCACUCUAUAUCACACUGUAUGAUAUCAUUCUGUAUCACUCUGUAUCACACUGUAUGAUAUGAUUCUGUAUCACUCUGUAUCUCACUGUAUUAUAACAUACUGUAUUACUCUGUAUUACACUAUUGUAGCGUACUGCAUCACACUGUAUUAUAGCACUAUGUAUUUUAGCUGGGUUCCAGUAUCAUAGCCCAAAGAGACAUUUGCUGAACCUAAUUAUUCCCCUAGGCAUCACAGACAUAAACUAUUGAAUAUACAUCUUAAAAAUAUAGGAACCCUACAAAUAAACCAGGGAAAUGUCUUGAAUAGAAUGAAGGAAAAAAGAGUAGCAGAAAUAUGAAGUUGAUAUAAAUUGCUAACCUGUCGGUGAACGUUGUAUUGUAGCACAUAAUAUGUUGUUUAAAACUGUUCAUCUCUUGUUGCUCUUAGAUAUCAGUUUCCAUGGCUUACAUUGAUCCUUUGAGAUGUAUCUUAAUAAGUUGCGUGCUUGGCAUAGCAUCCUCAUGUUUUUGUGAACAUUAUCCAUGGUCUUCUUGGUCAAGCUGUUCAAAAACAUGUGAACAUGGAACUCAGAGUAGAGCCCGGUAAGUGUGAUCUUGAUCUUUACUGUGACUUGAUUUUAGAUACAGAGUCAAUACAAAAUUGGACAGAUGUACCGUGAUCUUUCUAUGCAUGCUAAACGUGUGUAAAGCUCUGAAAUGUGAUUUAAUUCUUCAUAUAUUGAGAUUUGUCUACUAUUAAACCUCCACUAUACAUUACUUUUGAUUCUACUGUAUUCUGUAUUAAUGUAUUUGUAGUGCAUCAUUUGAUCUUGAAUCAUAAUUUAUUAAAUAAGUAACAUGAGUGCAUAUCAUUUAUUUAUGUAUUAAAGACAAAUAACAUACAGCGAUUACUACUGGAAAAAUAAUUGUGAUCAACUAUGCACAAAACAUGAGAGUCGAUCGUGUAAUGAACAGCCAUGUCCAAUCAACUGCAGAAUUGGAGACUUCAGCUCAUGGUCUGACUGUGAUCCAUGUCUAAAAAAGCAGGUAUAUGAAGAAUUAUUUAAAAACAUAAAAACAUGUUCUUAAAAAUGUGUGUAGCGUUAUCGUAUUUAUUGCCUUAAGUAAUAUGAAAUGUCUUAAAAUAUGGAAUUUAGUUCUUUGCUUGGAAUCCAAAGAUGUUUUUUCUGCACAGAUUGUCAUUAUUGCAGACCUAGACUGCCCUGACUAUAUUUUGCAACCUGGUGGUUAGUUUAAUAUGUCACAUCAGGAGAUACAAACUUUAAAUUGAUAAUCAAUGCUACCCAGCUAAUAAGGGAUUGAAGAAAGAAAAAGCCUUAAAAGCACUCACUGCCACCCCACGGAAGAUAACACUAACAGCAUCAGAGUGUAUGCAACCAGAAAGGGUGGUCAUUAAACGUGUAAAAGGCUGCGUGGCAAGAAGAGGCUGUAGUGGUUAAUGUGCUUGGAGUCUUCCUUCAAAUAUGGAAAAUAUCCAUUCAUUGCAUUUGGCUGUCAGCAUUUAGGCAUCAUAAUGAAACACGAAGACGCCAUGCCCAAUAUAAAAGUAUAAAGUUAUAGAAUAGAGAAAAAAGCAGAAAUAGCCCUUAAACAGAGACUGUAAAGUGUGUCCUGAAAAUAUCCAAAGAAGGGGGUAACCCUAAAUAUACACUUGCAAAGAAAAAGGAAGAUCCUAGGACAAAAUGUCCAGGAUACACAGGUAGGAUAUAUCAGAGUGGACUGUUACUAAUAAAAAACAUACAUUUAUUAAUCAUCAUAAACAUAAACAAAAAAUAAUAAAUAAAAAAAACACACACGUAACCCCAUAAAGAGUAAAAAAUAAAGCUCGAAGGGCUAGAGUGGGAAAACCAAAUAGAGGGGCAAUACCAGAGGUUAAUUACUCCUAUAUGGCAUAUGUACCACAUAAGAAAGAUAUCUAUAAAGCCUAUAAUGUCUACUAAGUGGAACUCCCUAAUGUACAAUCCAUCAAUGGUAGAGUCCGAAAAGGAAUAAUUUCUACACUAUAAAGACAUAGGCUAGAUCUAUAAAUCAUCUGGUCCCAAAUGUAGCAAAACUCAAGGAUUAGCAAAACUAUUGGUAAACAGUGAUAAACACAGAUAAACAGCUACUAGGAAAAAAAAAACCUGCGCUGUUGCACAUAUUAGCCAAAACCUACCCACCGCUAAUCCUAUAGGAUUUAUAGAUCUUUUUUGUAUAUAAAUAUAUAUUAUAUAUUUAAUAAAUAUAGAUUUUUUUUUUAUUUGUUUUUCCUUCUAUUAGUUACCUUUUCUCAAUGUAAUUCAAACAUGUAUGGCAAAAUAUAAACAUUUUAUGUAAAAUAUAUAUAUAUAAUAUUUAUAUUGUCUAUAUAUUUUGCAGUACAAUAGCCCAUUUUCACACUAUUUUGAACAGUCUGAUUUGUUUUCCCGAAUCUUUUUUUAUGUAAUUCAGUUAAGCCUAACCCCCUUAUGACCGAAAAUCAUCUGACUCCUAAAAAUUACAUUAUUUACAGCUGGAGUGAUUCGGCCAAAACAAAUUUUUCCACAGUUUGCAAGUCUGUUAUCAAUGUUUCAUUUAAUGGUGUAAUUAUUGAAGAAGUGACAUUUUCCCUUUGUGUUGUUCAUUUUAAUUCAACUAGUAUUUGUUUAUUGCUUUUGAAAACAAAUUAAAUUCUUUAUUCUAAGUUCCGUACUCGUUUGCUAGAGCGUCCCGCUCAGUUUGGUGGCCAAAUAUGUCCAGGGCAAUUGGUCGAAUCUCGUGAAUGCAUACCAUCAAAGAUUUGCAACAUCGAGCAGGCUGAUUGUGAAAAAAAAUUUGAAUGUAACACAGGUAAAUCUGUUUUAUUUUAUAUGUCCUCUCUAACCUGUUAA